UACUCGUUAAUCUCGUUAAACGUAAAAGACCAAGCUCAACCUCACCAGUCACCACCGUACCCCUCUCUUCCCCAAAGUCCACUCACUUCUCCCUCGAACUCAAAAGCCCAUGUCCCCCAAACCAACUCAAUUCCUCAAUAAUUGAAACUCGAUCAGUUUACUUCUCCGAUGGGUGGUAAUGGAAAGCACAGGUGGAAGAUCUCCUUCCACCGCUCCAACUCCUCCUCCGCAAAGCAACCCCCUAAAGAGUUCAUCUGCCCCAUUUCCGGCUCACUAAUGUCCGACCCGGUCAUCGUCGCCUCCGGUCAGACUUUCGAGCGCCUCUCCGUCCAGGUCUGCCGCGAAUUCGGCUACUCCCCCGAGCUCCCCGACGGCACCCGGCCCGAUUUCUCCAACCUAAUCCCCAACAUGGCCAUCAAGACCACCAUCCUCAACUGGUGCGACCACAACCACGCCGACCGCCCCCAGCCGCCGGACUUGGCCGCCGUCGAGAAGAACGUCCGGACGCUCAUGGAGGAGAGCAGAGUCGACGAAGGGAUUAGGGUUUCGGAGAUGGAGCUGCUUAAGGGAGUCGCUGACCGCCCGCCGAUUAUGUUCUCCCACGCCAACACCGAGCUCGGCCGCGGCCGCGUUGAUCAUUUCUACUCCAGCUCGUCGGAGGAGUCCGUCGUCGUCGCCUCCGGCUCCGGCAGUCCCUACACUCCUCUCCCCUUCGCGACUCGGCCGUCUUGCUACUCUUCUUCUUCCCCGUCUUCUUCGGAAAUUGUCGAAGUUCCAGCCCUAAAUCUCAACUCCGAUUCCAAUUCGAUUAAUUCGAGUCCGGAAGAAGCGGAACUGAUGACGCAGCUGAGCAGCUCCGUCAUAGUCGAGCAAGAAGAGGCGGUAAUUUCGCUGAGGAAGCUGACGAGGACAGAAGAGGACCUCCGUGUUUCUCUCUGCUCGACUCGGCUUCUCUCCGCCCUCCGAUCCCUGAUCGUCUCGCGCUACAACACCGUCCAAGUCAACGCCGUCGCCUCGCUGGUCAACCUCUCGCUGGAGAAGCCCAACAAGGUGAAGAUCGUGCGGUCAGGAUUCGUCCCGCCGCUCGUCGACGUCUUGAAGAGCGGGUGCAGCGAGUCGCAGGAGCACGCCGCCGGCGCGCUCUUCAGCCUAGCUUUGGAAGAAGACAACAAGAUGGCCAUCGGCGUCCUCGGCGCGCUGCCGCCUCUGAUGCACGCGCUGAUAAGAGCCGAGAGUGAGCGCACGCGCCACGACUCGGCGCUGGCGCUCUACCACCUGACGCUGGUGGAGAGCAACCGAGUUAAACUAGUGAAGCUGAACUCGGUGCCGACGCUGCUGGCGCUUUCCAAGGCGCCGGGGACGGCGGGGAGGGUGUUGCUGAUACUGUGCAACCUGGCGGUCUGCGGCGAGGGGAGGUCGGCGAUGCUGGACGCGAACGCGGUGGAGUGUCUGGUGGGGAUGCUGAGGAGGAACGAGUUGGACUCGGAGUCGACGCGCGAGAACUGUGUGGCGGCGCUGUACGCGCUGAGCCACGGGUCGAUGAGGUUCAGGGGGCUGGCGAGGGAGGCGAAGGCGGUGGAGGUCUUGAGUGAGGUGGAGAAGAGAGGGAGUGAGAGGGCGAGGGAGAAGGCCAAGAGGUUGUUGAUGAUCUUGAGAGGCGGCGGCGGAGGGAGGCCGGAGGAGGGUGUGUUGGAUUGGGAGGGGGUGUUGGAUUCGGGUACUGGAGCUGUGCUUGGCGGGACCCGUUACAGAGUUGGGCCGGGCAGGAGCUUGAAUGCUGCCAACUCGACGACCUUUUAGUAUGUUUAUUUUUAUUUUUUGGAAAAAAAAGUUUUUUUCUUGUUAGGUGUAGCCUUGUAGCAUGUAGGGUUGUAAAUUAUUGUUUAAAGAUGGAAAUGAGAAAACUAAUAAAAAGAAAAUGUAAUAUAGGGUGAGA